AUGGUCUGGAGAAAUGCAUCCGACCGCCUGCCGAGACGGGUCCUUAUCUCUGGCCGUGACAACGAUCGGAUUGUGAUUGGCCCUUGGCCCUGGCUCGAGAAGUCUGCUGGGGUGUCGCUCCUGGCUCCAUACUUCCAGAUCGACACCUCAAUUGAGUUUGUUCUCGUUUGGCAAUGCGAUCCAAGCCGCGCUGGACCCUGGCCACGAUGUCUUCACACCAGUCUCCCGCCCCCCGUCAGCCCGUCCACCGACCGCAACCUCUCAAACUCACCGCUGGAACUCAAGGAGUCGUAUCAGCCCGCCUGGCUCACUGCCCUCCCCCUCUCCAAGCACCUGGGUCUGCAGGUCCGCUCCUCGGUGGGCCAUCCUGGGCGCUCCAAGAACUCGACCCUCUGCCAUUGGCUGCCGACUUACACGCUUAUCGCGCCCUUCUCAUUGGCGCGGCCCAAGGGUGCCACCAGCAUCGUAGGGGUCCUGUUCUCGGCCAAGUCCGGCCCACACCCAGGCACACCCAGCAUGCAAGCCUUCGACGUCAACUCGGCCGACUGCCGACCCUUUGCCGUGCAGAUCCAGUAG